GUUGACAACAAACGCGUUUUGUAACAGCUGUUGCAUUCAGAGGCUUCCCUUACUGGGCCCCUCAUGGAAAUGACAACAUUACGUUGUUGUUAUUUUUGUUUGCAAAAGGAAGUAACGUAGCUGGAUAUUAUGAAAUUGUUACACAAAAAAUGCUGGCACGGAGUAACAUAUAUUCACAUGAGAACUUAGUGGCCAUGGAAAUACGAUAUCCAAAUCAAUUCAUGCAUGUAUUUAGACAUCACCAGAGAAUUCACCAGGAUGCAGGUCAGGUGCGAGAUGCUGACGUAGAAGCAGGACAACCAAGAUAUGCCAACAUCAGUGUUGAUGGAGAUAUUCUCAGCUAUUCCCCUAAUGACAGAUUCAGUGUUGGCUUGUACGUAGCUGGGGAACCUCUCACACCAGAAGAUUACUACUUUGAGGUGGAAAUUCUUGACAUUGGCAGUCGUGGGACCAUAGGCGUGGGUCUGGUACCUCAGAGAUACCCAUUAGAUGCCCAGCCUGGAUGGAGAGCAUUUUCUGUAGGGUUCCAUGCUGAUGACGGGAAGCUUUACAAAGCUAAUGGUUUUGGCAAACCUUUUGGCACCAAGAGUCAGACUGGGGACAGGAUAGGAUGUGGAAUCAAAUUCUCAGCUCCAGAGGAGGGGCCAGGGCAGUCUGUAAAGGUCUUCUUCACACACAAUGGGAAGGAGGUUGGCAUGAUGAUGAUGCAGGCCCCAGCCCGGGGGUUGUAUCCUGCUGUAGGAAUGCAUUCCUCAGGGGAAGAGGUCCGUCUGAACCUGGAAGCCGAGUGGCUGUACGAAGAUCUGGUCCUUAUGGCUGUUGACAAUGGGGAAGAGGACUGGUCUCGUCUCCAUGAUGUCAGACUAAAUGGCACAACCUUGGAGUACAUGGGACGAGGGAAAAGUAUACAUGAUGUUGGUCUAGCUCAAGCCAGAUGGCCCCUUGACACAACAUACCAUUAUUUUGAAAUUGAAAUAAUGGAUCCUGGUGAAAACUGCUACAUUGCCAUAGGUGUUGCCAGGAGAAAUUAUCCCCACCACCGACACCCUGGAUGGAACAAAGGAUCCAUAGCCUACCACGCUGAUGAUGGUAAAAUAUUUGUCGGCUCUGGAGUUGGAGAUCCAUUUGGACCAAGAUGUCAUAAAGGUGAUAUAAUGGGCUGUGGUAUCCUGUUCCCUCCGGACUACGACGGAGAAACAGACAGUGACCUUUCUCCUGAUGACCCAGAUGUUCAUAAUGAUAUGAUCGACGACUUCAGUGAUGAUUCUGACGAAGAUGACAUCAUACCAGGUGGACGAUUUUUAGACCAAAAUGGUACCAAAGUAUGGAUAUUUUUUACAAGAAAUGGAAAAAUGAUUGGGAAAAAACAGGUUCCUAUACCAAAAGGAGGUUUCUUCCCUACUGUGGGUAUGUUGAGUAGUUGUGAAAAGGUGAAGAUCGACCUCAGACCACUCACUGGUUGAUGAUGGACAUUUGGCCUGGAUCUGGGCCAGUUAUUGGAGCUACCAGUAACUUAUGGCCCUAGGAUGAUUUAACACAAACGUGUCUGACAGUAUUCUGUGACUCAAAGCCCUAAUCAUCCUUACCAGGGAUCAACAAUCACAAUCAUGCUACACACGGACAAAGAACCCUUAACAGGUUUUCAGUGUCGCACUACUAAAGGAGUCAGAGAAAUGGAUGAUAAUCAAAUGUGCUUUAAAUAUUAUAUGUUUUAUUGUGAUAAAAUUUUCUUCUGCCCCUGUAUAGGGCUCCAUAAUAGAGAGGACAAUGACCUGCACAUAGUAAAUGCUGUAUAUAAUAUAUAUUGGGGCCACAUAGAGUGUUAUUGGUCAGUUUAAGUAUGUUAAAUAAUGAUUCUGCUGUCUAUAGUUAUUAAGUAUUACCGGUACAUGUGUGAAUUUCCUUGUUUGAGUAUCAUUCAUAUUUUCGUACCAUAUUGUCAUUUGCACAGCCAGCUUCUUUGAACUUGGUAGAGUAUCAAUGAUGGUUACACUGAGAAUGAUAAAUGUCACCUUCUUUUUACAAGGUAGAGUGUCAAUGACAAUAGCUGAGUAUGAAUGUCACCAACUUUGUACAAGGUAGAGUGUUAAUGACACUAGCUGAGUAUGAAUGUCACCAACUUUGUACAAGUAGAGUAUCAAUGACGCUAGCUAAGUAUGAAUGUCACCAACUUUGUACAAGGUAAAGUGUCAAUGACACUAGCUGAGUAUCAAUGUCACCAACUUUGUACAAGGUAGAGUAUCAAUGACACUAGCUGAGUAUGAAUGUCACCAACUUUGUACAAGGUAAAGUGUCAAUGACACUAGCUGAGUAUGAAUGUCACCAACUUUGUACAAGUAGAGUGUUAAUGACACUAACUGAGUAUAAAUGUCACCAACUUUGUACAAGGUAGAGUGUCAAUGACACUAGCUAAGUAUGAAUGUCACCAACUUUGUACAAGGUAAAGUGUCAAUGACACUAGCUGAGUAUAAAUGUCACCAACUUUGUACAAGGUAGAGUGUCAAUGAUACUAGCUGAGUAUGAAUGUCACCAACUUUGUACAAGGUAAAGUGUCAAUGACACUAGUCGAGUAUGAAUGUCACCAACUUUGUACAAGGUAAAGAGACAAUGACAAUAGCUAAGUAUGAAUGUCACCAACUUUGUACAAGGUAGAGUGUCAAUGACACUAGCUAAGUAUGAAUGUCACCAACUUUGUACAAGGUAGAGUGUUAAUGACACUAGCUGAGUAUGAAUGUCACCAACUUUGUACAAGGUAGAGUGUUAAUGACACUAGCUGAGUAUGAAUGUCACCAACUUUGUACAAGGUAGAGUGUUAAUGACACUAGCUGAGUAUGAAUGUCACCAACUUUGUACAAGGUAGAGUGUCAAUGACACUAGCUGAGUAUGAAUGUCACCAACUUUGUACAAGGUAGAGUGUCAAUGACACUAGCUAAGUAUGAAUGUCACCAACUUUGUACAAGGUAGAGUGUCAAUGACACUAGCUGAGUAUGAAUGUCACCAACUUUGUACAAGGUAGAGUGUUAAUGACACUAGCUGAGUAUGAAUGUCACCAACUUUGUACAAGGUAGAGUGUCAAUGACACUGAGUAUGAAUGUCACCAACUUUGUACAAGGUAAAGUGUCAAUGACACUAGCUGAUUAUAAAUGUCACCAACUUUGUACAAGGUAAAGUGUCAAUGACACUAGCUGAGUAUGAAUGUCACCAACUUUGUACAAGGUAGAGUGUCAAUGACACUAGCUAAGUAUGAAUGUCACCAACUUUGUACAAGGUAGAGUGUCAAUGACACUGAGUAUGAAUGUCACCAACUUUGUACAAGGUAGAGUGACAAUGACACUGAGUAUGAAUGUCACCAACUUUGUACAAGGUAGAGUGUCAAUGACACUAGCUGAGUAUGAAUGUCACCAACUUUGUACAAGGUAGAGUGUCAAUGACACUGAGUAUGAAUGUCACCAACUUUGUACAAGGUAAAGUGUCAAUGACACUGACUGAGUAUGAAUGUCACCAACUUUGUACAAGGUAGAGUGUCAAUGACACUAGCUGAGUAUGAAUGUCACCAACUUUGUACAAGGUAGAGUGUCAAUGACACUGAGUAUGAAUGUCACCAACUUUGUACAAGGUAAAGUGUCAAUGACACUGACUGAGUAUGAAUGUCACCAACCUUGUACAAGGUAGAGUGUUAAUGACAAUAGCUGAGUAUGAAUGUCACCAACUUUGUACAAGGUAGAGUGUCAAUGACACUAGCUGAGUAUGAAUGUCACCAACUUUGUACAAGGUAAAGUGUCAAUGACACUAGCUAAGUAUGAAUGUCACCAACUUUGUACAAGGUAGAGUGUCAAUGACACUAGCUGAGUAUGAAUGUCACCAACUUUGUACAAGGUAGAAUGACAAUGACACUAGCUAAGUAUGAAUGUCACCAACUUUGUACAAGGUAGAGUGUUAAUGACACUAGCUAAGUAUGAAUGUCACCAACUUUGUACAAGGUAGAGUGUCAAUGACACUAGCUGAGUAUGAAUGUCACCAACUUUGUUCAAGGUAGAGUGUUAAUGACACUAGCUAAGUAUGAAUGUCACCAACUUUGUACAAGGUAGAGUGUCAAUGACACUAGCUGAGUAUGAAUGUCACCAACUUUGUACAAGGUAGAGUGUCAAUGACACUAGCUAAGUAUGAAUGUCACCAACUUUGUACAAGGUAAAGUGUCAAUGACACUAGCUAAGUAUGAAUGUCACCAACUUUGUACAAGGUAGAGUGUUAAUGACACUAGCUGAGUAUGAAUGUCACCAACUUUGUACAAGUAAAGUGACAAUGACACUAGCUGAGUAUGAAUGUCACCAACUUUGUACAAGGUAAAGUGUUAAUGACACUAGCUAAGUAUGAAUGUCACCAACUUUGUACAAGGUAGAGUGUUAAUGACACUAGCUGAGUAUGAAUGUCACCAACUUUGUACAAGGUAAAGUGUCAAUGACACUAGCUAAGUAUGAAUGUCACCAACUUUGUACAAGUAGAGUGUACAGCAAACUUUACCUGGGAUUAACUACCAGGUAGUUUACAUCAUAAUACUCUAUGAAGAGAGCAUUUAUUUGAGUUAAUAGAAUAAGUAAUUUAAAAGUACAAGUUUUUGUGAUAAAAACAAAAGUUCAAAAUUGACAUCUAGCAUUAUGAAAAAAUUGAUUAUAAUAUUGUCACCAUUAAAAAGAUUUGAAAGCUGUUUGAAUGCAUGUUAAAAAUGAUAGAAUUUUUAUGUUGAUCAUGAGUGGUCCUAACUAAUCAUCUAAGCACCUAUAUGUAGAUAAGGUAGUCAUGGCCGUUAUGGUAAAUCAUCGCCAUUAUGAUGACCUCUUUGUAUUGAAUCAGGAUGGCAGUCACCUUCAGGUGUUUUUUCUAGUCUUGAGAAGGGAGCCUAUAUGUAUAAAAGGGUCUACACUGUUGCUAAUACUAAUAGUGCUAUGUAUGCUGAAUGCUUUCACCCCUGGGGGGAUCUUCAGGUAAAUAUAUAUACAUAUCUGUUUUGUAUGUAAUAAAGCUUUGUAGUGAACCUUUCACAGUUUGUACUAUGUGCCACUAUAUGUACUAGCAGCUUUUCAAGUCAGAAUCAUUGUUUUGUACUGUUAGUUAUGUAAUGUUUGUUUGUUAGCUGUUAAAGUUCACCUACCGUAAGUGUUAAGAUAGAAGAACAACAUUUGGAUACCGUAUUAUCCUCAAAUACCCUCCUCCUUAUUGUAAUAUUUAGUACAGCUGUAGUAAAGUUUUUGUGGACAGGGAAUUUUUUGAACAAAUACUUAUUAGCAGACAGGGACUUAUUUGUGGACCGAGACCUAUUUGGAGACUGGCUUAUUUGCAGAUUAAUACGGUAAUACUAAAGAAGUUACCCUUUUAGCACAUUGUACUGUUGAAGUGCCUGUUAUGACGUUAAUAUUUGUGGAUUUGUUAAGCACCUAAUUUAAUUUUUUUUUUUUUAGAAAUUAAAUGAAGCUUGUCAUUUUGGUAUGAUGUAAAAUGUUUUAUGUCUGACGGUGAUUUGUAAAACAAGAGAUGAUCAAGGCAGUGCCAUUUCCUUAAAACAUUUAUGCAAAUAAUAAUUGAUUCAGAAAGGCAAUAUACACAAUUAAAUGUUUCCUGGUUGAAAUUGAAAUAAAAAUAUACAUCUUUUGUAUUAUCUUUUAGAAUAGCCAUUUCUUUGUAAAAUUAUCUUGAACCAAAAUAUUAAACAUGAUAUCCAUUGUAAAAUACAAAUCCCAUGCCAGAAGUUAAACAAUAGUUGUCAGUAGAAUUAUAAAAUUAAACAUUUUAUUUUAAAAUAAUGAAUUUUAAAGAUUCUUUUUUAUAAUUAUAUACAUAUGUAUACUUUCAUAAAGUCUUCCUAAGUGAAAAAUAAAAAUGAAUCGAAUGUGUAAGGACAGAGAUCAUAUUACCGGUAAUCCUGUAUGAUAUACAUGUAAUAAUAUUAGAUGUGUUUAGACUUAAUACAUUGUAUAUGGUCGUGGCAUUGUAAUAUCUAUGAUAUUGAAGUAUAUUGACAAAGUUUCAGACUCACGAAAUUAAACUCAAUCUGGUCGUGGGCCAGGUAAGGAAGUAAAUUGACCUAGACCCAAACAAAUAUACACUGUCCCAGGUUCAGACUUGAAUGGCCUACUGUAUUUGUUCGAUAUGGGCACGGUCGGAACUUGUGCCAGCUUAUUGCCAUACCUUAGCUAAAUCACCUACAAGGUGAUCCAGUGUAUGCUGAGUAUGCUGCUGCCAUAAGUUCCAUCCUAUCAAUCAACAUGUUCGUUGGUCAGUCGUCCACAGUGACCCCUGUCCCCACUCAGAACAUAUCAGACAGGGUCUAAGAUACUAUUUUGUACACUAAAAUAAUUUUAAGAUGUAGUUAAGUUACUGCUUUGCAUACUAGAGCAGUACUGCAGACUAGAUUGGUUUGAAUUAGUAAAUUCCUGUUAUAUAUAUAAGCAUAUUGUUGUAUAUACAUUUUCUAUGAUGUGUGGCCAUAUUGUUGAAAAAAUUGUUGAGAAAUUACUUUGAAAUUUGAAUUUAACAUUGUAUGCGUAUGGGAGUUUUAUGUAUUUAUCCUGGGUAGCGACAUUGUGAUAUUAGUUGUAUGUAAUGUUGUAGUGUUCACUCCGUUUAAGUGGCAUGGACAUGAAUGUUAUUUCAAUAAUUGUGUAAAUGGUUGAUGUAUAAAAUCCUUAAGUAUUGUUAAUGUUUGUUAAUUUUAUUGUGUUAGAUAGAAGUCAUCAAGCUAUAGAUGUUAAUUUUAUUGUGUUAGAUAGAAGUCAUCAAGCUAUAGAUGUUAAUUUUGUUGUGUUAGAUAGAAGUCUUCAAGCUAUAGAUGUUAAUUUUAUUGUGUUAGAUAGAAGUCUUCAAGCUAUAGAUGUUAAUUUUAUUGUGUUAGAUAGAAGUCUUCAAGCUAUAGAUGUUAAUUUUGUUGUGUUAAUGUAUAGUUAUAGAGCUUUUGUUAGAGGUUUACCUGGUAUUUUAUUGUAUUGAUGUAUAUUUCUAGAGUCGCUUUAGUAACAGGAGUUGUAUAUCUGACGUUUGUAUCUUCUAAUCAAUCUUCUUUACUGUAGUAUAAUCUAACACUUAACUUUAUUAUAUCACACUGAGUUCAAGAUUAUACCCAUAUGAUAUAAUAUAAGUCCACUCUGUUGACUUCAUUAACAGUGAUAAGUCCCCCUCUUGGUAUUACUACGCAGGCAAAAUACCUUACUGUCAUUACUUGUACAUUAUAUAACACUUUCCAUAGAGAUUUAUUUCUCGCGUAUGUGACACUUGGUACAAAAUUAUUUUGUAUCCCGGUGUCUUCCUGACACAUUACCCAAAAGGGAGGUAAUUCAUUCAAAUUGAAAAACAUGAAAAGUUAUUCAUAAAGUUUUUAUGCAAUUUUGACACAAUUACAUAUAAGAGGGAAAAAUCUGUGAGCUUUAUGUGUUUGAGAUUGAUACAGUAUCGGUCCGACAUAAUGUAACAUCUCAUUCUCAUAAUUAGGUUUUGUUAUUGGGUGUCUUGUCUUCACUGACAUUAAUCGAUCUCAGACAUAUAGAUGUUCUAGUAAACUGAAUUGGUACAAUAGACCAGUUGUGAUUAAUACUUGAUUUUUUUUUAUAUUUGUUUGAGUGCUAACAGAAAGUACUGUAUAGUUGGUAAUAUCAACAGGGAUUAAAUUUUGUUGUGUUGUUUUAAUGCCUAUUGACAAUUUGAGUCAGUCAGGGCUAAACAACAUCAGAUUAGAAGGACAUUCACAGAAAAAACACAUCCAACUCACUUAUAUCAAACAAACUGGUCGCAAAACAUUAUAUUUUAUGGUAUAGUUCUGUUGCAUGUAAAUAAUCAAGUAUUCAAAUAUAAGCAAUGCGGAAAUUAUUUCACAAAUGUAACGUUAAAAUGGUCUUACUGGCUAUUUGAAAUCAUGAGAAUUCAAUCUAUAAAUGAGCACCAAAUUAAAUACCAAGCAAAUAUUAACAGGAGGAAAUCCAUCUCUGUGAACAUAUUGUAUAUAAUUUGUACAUGUCUGUUUACAUAUUGUUUGCUGAAUACAGUGUAUAAUGCAAUCUAACAAUUUACCCUUGACUAUACCAAAUGGAAUUAUCCAUGUGGCUUCAAAAUCAAGGCAGGGAUGCUCAAAAAUUUCAUACUGAAGAACCAAGAAGUCCUGACAGAGACAACCGGGAAAUGAAAUAAUAAAACUAACUCUGUCGGCAACUUCCAGUAGAAGCAUGUAGAUAUUUCUAGGACAAUAAUGAAUUUUUUCUAAACUAAAUUAUAAAUCUGAUCAUAAUUUCAUAUAUGUGAUAUAACAUUGUUUAUACAAUGUAAAUUAAUUACCAGUUAGGAUUGGAGAUGACAUUCUGAGAUUGACUGGACAUUUUGUAUGUGUGCUGUAUUUCAACUCACUUGGAGUAAACUGAACUCACAGAAGUUUUUCUCUUUUUAUUUUGUAAGGAUUUAAUAUUUUUGGGUGAUUUUCAAACUCUCUAGAAGAGGUUUUGUAUGUCAAUUUCAUAUGCUUUCUUACAUUAUACUUCACAUUGUUAUCUUCACUUUCUCUAAAAGUCGGCCCAAUCUCAUGUCUUGGUGUCAUCGUAUAUCCAGUGAUAUGAGAAUAAGGUAGUUCUACAUCUCACUAUGUAUAUUCAGCUGUAUGCUACGUUGCUUUGGUAUUGAAAUUUCUUACCAAUAUACUAUAUAUUGUGUACCUCAUGUCUGUAUAUCAGUAUGAAUGACACUACAUUGGUGUUUAGCUUCCUAGCGUACAUACCAUGUAUUGUGUAUCUCAAAUGGCGAUGUAUACAUCAGCAUGAAUGACACUACAUUGGUGUUGAGCUUCCUAGCGUACAUACCAUGUAUUGUGUAUCUCAAAUGGCGAUGUUUACAUCAGCAUGAAUGACACUACAUUGGUGUUGAGUUUCCUAGCUUACAUACCAUAUAUUGUGUGUCUCAAAUGUCGGUGUAUAUAUCAGCAUGAAUGACACUACAUUGGUGUUGAGCUUCCUAGUGUACAUACCAUGUAUUGUGUAUCUCAAAUGGCGAUGUAUAUAUCAGCAUGAAUGACACUACAUUGAUGUUGGGUUUCCUAGCGUACAUACCAUAUAUUGUGUGUCUCAUAUGUUGCUGUAUACAUCAGCAAGAAUGAUAUUACAUAGGCGUUAAAUUUUCUAGCAAGUAUAUGAACUUUGUACAAAAAAGUAAAGUGUGUACCUUGCAUAACGCUGUGUAUAUCAGCGUGAAUGACACACAAGUUUUCUAGCUAGUGUACCUUAUAUAACAUUUAUAUUGUGUACCUCACAUAACGCAGUGUAUAUCAGCGUGAAUGACACACAAGUUUUAUAGCUAGUGAACCUUAUAUAAAACUUAUAUUGUGUACCUCACAUAACGCAGUGUAUAUCGGCGUGAAUGACACACAAGUUUUCUAGCUAGUGUACCUUAUAUAAAACUUAUAUUGUGUACCUCACAUAACGCAGUGUAUAUCGGCAUGAAUGACACACAAGUUUUCUUGCUAGUAUACCUUACUUAUAUAAAACUUAUAUUGUGUUCCUCACAUGACGCUGUGUAUAUCGGUGUGAAUUCCACACACGUUUUCUAGCUAGUGUACCUUAUAUAAAACUUAUAUUGUGUAUCUCACAUGACGCAGUGUAUAUCGGUGUAAAUGACACACAAGUUUUCUAGCUAGUAUACCUUACUGAUAUCAAACGUAUAUUGUGUACCUCACAUGACGUGUGUAUAUAUGCGUGAAUGACACACAAGUUUCUAGCUUGUAUACCUUAUAUAAAAUGUAUAUUGUGUACCUUGCUGUUUGCCGUGUUAUACUUCUAUGAAUGUUUGUUGUUAAUAUUAUUUGUUUUAUAAUUACCUGUGUGAUAUUUUGAAUGAGGAAAGAAUGUUCAGCAGCUAGAAGAGGCUUUGAAAGGGUUAUUCUGUAUUGAAAUGUUUCUAUUUUUGUUGCCAAUAACACACUAUUAAUUAACACAUUACCAGUACAAAUUUCCCGUUGCUUUGAAAGCUAGCAAUCUAAUAAAUUUGAUAUAUAAUAAUGA